AUGUCUGCCCAGCUCAUCCUUCUGACCGGCAGCUCAGGCCAUAUCGGUUAUCGUACACUGGUCGAGGCUCUUUCCAAAGGCUACAGAGUUCGGGCUGCGGUUCGCUCUGAAAGCAAAGCUGCUGAGAUCAAGGCUGCUAAGUCCAGCGAGCCAUACUUGAAUCAGCUUUCCUUCUCCAUAGUGCCCGACAUUGAGAAGGAUGGCGCCUUUGACCAAGCCGUCAAGGAUGUGGAUUAUGUUGUCCACGUUGCGUCGCCUUUGGCACGACCUUCCGAGGACGACCAGGUUAACAUUAUCAGACCUGCCAUCAGGGGCACGCUGAGCAUCCUUCGGUCGGCUCUCAAAGAGCCCUCGAUCCAACGAGUCGUCAUCACCUCCUCCGUGGCAGCGGUGUCUCCACCCGAUACCCGAGUUUACACGGCUGAUAAUGUCGAACCAGACCCCCAUGGACCAUACCCUCAUACUUUCGCAGCCUAUACGGCCAGCAAGCAACUCGCCUACAAUCGCACCCGAGAUUUCAUCAGCGAGGAAAACCCCCAUUUCACCGUGGUCAACAUCAUGCCUACCUUCGUCAUUGGCAAGAACGAGCUUGCCACUACUCCGGCAGCGGUUAAUUCUGGAUCUAACGCCCUUGCAUUGAUUCCGCUUCUAGGGACACAAAAUCCCAAUGGAAUGCCGGGGGCUACAUGUCACGUCGAUGACGUUGCCUACGUCCAUGUUGCCUCCUUGGACUCUAAAAUCCAAGGAAACCAGAACUUUGGAGUCAACUACGACGUGAAUGGCGUCAAAUGGGACGAUGCCAUCGACAUUGUGAAGAAACAUUUCCCUCAGGCUGUGGAACAAGGAGUGUUUCCACUCGGUGGCAGUCAGCCCUCAUCGCCAAUGCCAUUUGAUGCCAGCAAGACCGAGGAAGUCUUCGGCAUCAAGUUCAAGAAUUUCGAGGAGCAGAUUGUGAGCCUAGCUGGCCAUUACAUCGAGGUGACUGCAGCAGCUUAG